CUUCGGGUACUGCGGUGAACAACCUCCAUCACUCACUACUUACCUCGGGUCCAACUUACAACAGCCUUCUAAUCUCUCUCUUCAGUUGUACUUUAAAAAGGAUAAGUCAAUACCAUCAACCAUCCCCACAAUGUGGUGGUUGGACCCCGGAAAAGAAGUCCUGAAUGUGUUGUUCAAUAGAAUACUCGCCCCGUAUGUUGAGAACCUUGAUAUGAACCAAGUAAACUACGGCAUUGGGCAAGGUCAAUUAACCCUACGCAACUUGCGCCUCAAGAAAGGUGCCUUGGACAAAUUCAGACUCCCAGUUGAUGUUCUUGAAGGCCACCUCGGGACAUUCACACUGUCCCUCCAUUGGAUGAACCUCGGCAACCAGCCUGUCGAGAUAUUGAUUGAAGAUGUGUAUCUACUCGUAGUACCAUCUCCACAAACAAACAUCGAUCCGGAGGAGGAAAGACAGCGAGCACAGGCCGCCAAACUUGAGCGGUUGGAAAACGCAGAGCUUUUGCAUAUGCGUGGUCAAGUGGGAGCCUCCUUAGAGGAAUCUCCACAGUCACAAGGUCUCUGGGCUUCAUUAACAGCUAAAAUAAUCAACAACCUGCAGGUAACCGUGAAGAACAUUCACGUACGGUACGAAGACAGCCUGAGCGUUCCUGGCCAUCCUUUCGCCGCGGGCAUCACGUUGGCGGGCUUCACAGCGGUGUCGGUCGACGAGGAAUGGCAACCGGCUUUCAUAGAAAGCACCGCCGGUGCAAUACACAAGUUGGCUAGGUUGGAAUCACUAGCGGUAUAUUUUGAUACAGACUCGCAAAGUAUGGCAGGGCUGCCCCUUUCUGCGGCCAAAGAGAAGUUUAUUGCCAUGAUAUCACAAAAGGAUCAUCAGUCAUCCCAUCAAUUCAUUCUCAGCCCGGUAUCGGGUGAGGGAAGAAUUGUUAUGAAUCACAAACUGGAUAAGAACACACCGCACUUCGACGUACAGCUGCUGUUUGAUCAAAUCUGUGUCGCCUUAGAUGACAACCAAUAUCGAGAUGCCAUAUCUUUGGCUGACAUGUAUCACGUCUACAUCCGUCAGCAUCAGUACAGAAAACUUCGUCCAAGCGACGAGGAGUUCAAAGCGAAUCGAGCAAGGGCAUUGCUACGUUUUGCUACCCGGGCGAUUUUGGAUGGUGUGCACGACCGACAUCGUAAAUGGACUUGGGCAUACUUUGCGGAACGUCGAGACGACCGUAACAAAUACGUCGAGUUAUUCGAGAAGAAGACGGUGAAUUCAUUGCGCGAAUCUGACACUGUGUUGCUCAAUGCGUUGGAAUGUAAGUUGUCAUACGAGGACAUUCGCUUCUACAGGUCGAUCGCACGUUCCCGUCUACGAAAAGACAUGGAGCUAAGGAAAAGGCUUGAGGAAGACCGCGCUACACAACAGCAACAACAUUCUGGUGGUUGGAUGUCCUGGCUCUGGGGGUCCCAGGCAGAUCAACCGAAAGAUGACCCCGCUUUUGGGGGUGAAAUGACAGAGGAGCAACGAAGGCAGCUCUAUGAUGUGCUUGAUUACGACGAGAAAUCGGCUAUUGUCGAUUCGUUCGAGGCGCCCCGGGAUGCCCUCAAGGCUCGCGUGGUUGCGGAACUCAAAAGGGGGUCAUUUGCACUGAAAGUUGAUCCGAGCGGGAAAGCUACCGAGGUUAUCUCCACGGUUUUUGACUCGUUUCGUGCCGAAGUCAUCCAAAGACCGGAUAACUUUGAGGCAUCUGUAUCUUUGAGGGGAUUUAGUGUUUUUGAUGGGACGACCAAGAACACGCUGUAUCGACAGAUAGUUCGAGUGAAGACCCCGGUAGCAGAAGAUGCCGAGGCUAUUGAGCACGGGGAAGCUGAAGAUCCGUUUUUCUUCGUGAAGUUUGAGAGCAAUCCUCUCGACGAACGCGCCGAUACUGCGCUCACAGCCCGCAUGCGUCACAUGGAAAUAAUUUACCACAGGGGGUAUGUCGAAGCUAUUUUCAAGUUCUUUCGCCCACCCGAGAGCCAGUUGGAAUCAGUGGAAGCUUUAUUGAAUGUGGCAAGCCAGACACUAGAGGGCUUACGAAAGGAAACUCGGGCUGGUUUAGAGUAUGCUUUGCAAACUCAUAAAACCAUUGAUCUUCAACUGGAUAUGAACGCACCCAUCAUUAUCAUUCCAGAAGACGUCACCACGCACCAAUGCAGUCAUCUCGUUAUCGAUGCUGGCCACAUAGCUGUCGAAAGCGAUUUGGCCGAUAAAGGUGCUCUGCGAGAGAUACAUGCAAAGCGAAACCAGCCGUACAACGAGGACGACUACAAGAGAUUAGAGUCCCUAAUGUAUGAUAAGAUGUUACUCAAGCUCCAGGCAGCUCAGUUUGUCUUAGGCAACGACCUGCAAGCUUGUCGUGAUGCUCUCACUUCUGAGAAGAGCGACACUCUCCAUCUAUUGGAACGCAUAAACAUCAAUUUACUGGUGCAGAACUCCAUUGUACCAUCUGCUGUCAAUCUCGCUCGAUUCAAAAUUUCUGGAAAAUUGCCAAGUCUUCAAGUGAACAUCUCCGACGCCAAGUACAAGUCUUUAAUGCGCAUUAUAGAUGUUGCGAUCCCAAACUUCGAUGAAGGCGGCGACCAGAAGCCUCCCCAGAUGCACACCGACACUCCACCACUCGUGUUGCCUCUGUCAACUGGUCUGUUUGGACCUGUUGGCACAGAAUACAAUGUAGAUGAUCCUGAUGGGGUCGACAGCGAAGCUGCAUCGACACACAGAGAUGAUCUAUUCUUUGAAGCAAGCGAUGGCUCGCUCGAGCAUCCUGAAAUCCGACAACAUAUCUUUGAGCUUGAUUUUGAAGUCGACACCCUUCGUGGGGCUAUUUCGAAAUCUAGUAGUAACGGCAGUGAGAAACCACUCGGGGAAGUCAUCUUCCAGCAGUUCCGACUCGCGUUCUCGCUUCUCAAAUUCAAUAUGAAUGUGGACAUUAAUUUGAGAUCACUGGCAAUGAACGUCGUGCAAGCUGCUGGAGAUCCCAUUCAGCUAAUGUCUUCAGAAAGCAUGGGUUCGGUCAUUAAAGAUCUGAUGAAGAUAUCGUACAAGAGGGUCCAGAAGAAUUCACCCGAAUUUGCAACCGUCUACGAAAGCAUCGACCAAAGUGUUGACGUCCAACUAUCCACGUUCAUAUUCCACGCUGCACCAGAACCAGUCGUGUCACUUUACGACUUCAUCAUGACGACAUUUGUUCCUCAAAGCCCAGAGCAACCCGCGAGCACAACUCCAAAUGCGAUCGUUAUUUCAGAUGAAGGGGAGUUAGCUCCGCCUGCUAGCGACACGGGAACCAUCAGAGUAUCCUUCAGACUUGAUAGCGUGCAAGUCAUGCUCCUCAACGACCUCAAUAGCUUGGCCACUCUUUCUUUAUCUACAGCAGACGUUCAGUUGCUCCUACGGGCUCACACGAUGGGGAUUACCGGUCGCUUAGGAAGUCUUGCAUUAAGUGACGAUCGCUCAAAGGAACUUGCCAGGCCGCAAUUCAAACAAAUCUUGUCGAUCGAAGGCAAAAACUUUGCAGAAUUCCGUUAUCAAACUCUUGAUCCCGCAGAAACCUCGACUUUGGGCUUUAACUCGACUUUUUCUUUGAAUGUCGGGUCUCUGAAGGUCCACUUUUUGGAGCAGCCUCUGCACGACAUUUAUCUCUUCGUCACCAAGCUAGCAAAACUCAAGGUUCUUUAUGAUGCUGCGCGUGACGCUGCAGUCCAGAGAGCUUCGGAGAUCGAGAGAAUGCAAUUUGACGUCUCCGUCAAGACACCAAUCAUCGUUUUCCCUUCGGAUCCUAGCCGUUUGCAAGACAUCUUAGUUAUGCGAUUGGGAGAGAUUAGCGCUCAUUUAUGUGGUAUCCAACUGGUGUCCGACAUCUCUUAUGAUGGAGCAUCCUCUACGCUCAAAAUGGUUGACGACAUUGAUAUCAUUGCGGAUGUGAUUCAAACUAGCGGAAUCGAUCGAUCGCAGGAGAGUGAACUUCCAGACACUCAGAUUGCAGUGAAGAUAUCCGAUGUCAAGCUGUACUUGACACAGACUCAGUACAUUCUUCUCAUGAAGCUUGUGCAAUCCAUACCCAAGGUUUUGGUCGCUUUACCGGAAGGAAAUGCCCAGGUACUGGAGUUAGCAUCGCCCGUGAGUAGCAGUGACAGCAACGGUGCUGCCAGCCAUCACGUGGUGGACCUCGAGCCCGAACUCCACGUACCUGACAGAGUCCGCGCGUGGACGACCAUGGAUCUGGUCGCUUCUGUGAAGAUGGUUAAGUUACAUUUGUACGAUAGUUUGGCGACCCGCGAAGAAAAUCUCGAAGACCACGGCAUAGCGCGCUUUGCCCUCAACGAUAGCAGUUUGCGCUACAAAUCGAUAUCUGAUGGCGCUGCGGAGGCUCAAGUUGUGCUGAAGUCAUUCACAAUGAGCAAUACCCGCCCAGGAGGGUCCAAGUUCCGUGAAAUCAUACCUGCGGCGGAUCAUGACCGUAACCAAUUCAUGGUUCUCUACACGAUGUCUGGCAGCUCUUCAGUGGCCAUUCUGACUGUGGAUUCGCCGCAUGUUAUUCUGGCUAUUGAGCCUGUCAUCGCAUUAUUGGAGUUUAUGAGCGCGUUUCAGCAGGACGCCCCGGUCGACAUUGAUCACGCAUCCACAGCUGAAUCUCAGCGCGAGUCACCGCAAUCUCGACUUAAUUUCCGACUUGAUCUACACGAUGUUUCGAUCAGUGUGCUAGAGAACGAUGAAGACGCGAAUUCUCAAGCCCUCAGGCUGUACAUUGACCAAAUCCUGCUGUCACAACAGGGGAUUCUCGCGUUGACUGUCAAUCGACUAGGGAUGUCGCUUAUCCGCAUGGGCGCCGAUGCCGACACCGUACGCUUCUUGGAUGAUGUUGAUUUGACCUUUUCAAUAGACAGUCGAUCAUCAACACGAGAACAGAUAACGAGCAUGGAACUUGCUGCCAAACCUAUUGUGUUCCGAGCCUCCUACCGAGAUAUCAUGCUGAUCACCACCAUCGCUAGCAAAGCAGUGGACCUUUAUGGCAAGUCUCAAAACAACUCUUCGGUGACCAACACUGCUAGCACGAAGGCCGUACAACCAUACGAAGGGCCUAGCCAAGCCUCACGGUCUAAUGCCACGAGAAGCCACAGACAUGCUGUCGGGGAGGCCCGCGUUUUGGUAUCGAAAGAACAGCUGAAAGCAUCGUUUGAUGGAUUCCGUCUGAUUCUCAUAGGCGACAUGCAUGAGCAGCCUAUGCUUCACCUGAAGGUCAAGCCAUUUAUCGUCGGUGCUCGGGAUUGGUCUGCAGAUCUUCGCGCCACUGCUACCCUCGCGACCCAAAUCAGUUACUGGAAUUUGUCAAAUUCACAUUGGGAACCUUUAAUCGACCCGUGGACCUUCACUCUUGCGGUUGGCCGAGAUAAACGUUCGAGUGAACUCAAGGUAUCGGUGUCAGCGCAAGAACGUUUAGACCUCAAUGUCAGUACUACUUUUGUGGAGCUUGCUGUCACUUCUGCCAAUAUGUGGGGUAAGGAAGGACAAGUCUUGCUACAGAAGGCUCGUGGAAGCUUUGCACCAUACCGUAUCAGGAACCGCACUGGAUCCCCUCUCUUUGUGUGGAUGCCAGUGCAGGUCAAAAUUGCAAAUGAUCAAACUGUGGACUGGAGGUUUGAUGACUGGAAGACAAUGCGCGAGGCAAGUAAAGUUCAUGUCUCAAUCUCCGAACAACACAACAUUGGCAUACAGAUUGUUGGCAAGCCAUGGGAAGCGCUGAGAGGUAUACCAGUGGACCGAGAAGGAGAAUUUACGUUCUCCCUACGCCCUCGAAUGGAGAAAUACGCUGAUCGCCUGUUGUGCGCUGUAUCGGUUGAAGACAACGUAAAAAUCGUUACGCUCCGUUCCACGUAUCUGGUCGAGAAUCAGACCUUCUAUCCACUGGAACUUAUGCUGGUAGAUCAUACGGGACAUCCAGUUUACUCGUUAGAAAAGAUAGCCCCUGGCCAGGAUUACGCUCUGCCCAUAGAAGCAGUAACCCAGAACAGGAUCCGGCUGCAGCCAGAUCAGGGGUUUGGGUAUAGAUGGUGCUCCUCCAUACGCUUUGAGGACCUCAUUGCCAAGAAGAGUCUCACAAUAAGUUGCCUUCACAAUGACCAGCGAGAAGCUCCCUUCCGAUUUCAAGCGUGGGCACAGAGUGACUCGAACGAGCCUGGAACACGGAAACCACCAAAAAUUAAACUCAAACUCCGCGCGCCAAUCGAGCUUGAGAACUUACUGCCUUACAACAUCCAGUAUCGAAUAUACGACAAGGACGCUGAUCAAAACUGGAAGAGCUACCUCAGAAAGGGUGGCGUCAUGCCUGUGCAUUCUGUGGAACUAGGUCAUUUGAUCCUAUUGAAUGCCGAAGUCCAGGAUACGAUUUUCAAGCCCAGCGACUUCGCCAUCAUCAACACUGACCGGAAUUCGGACUUUGAAGUAGAGUCUCGUUUAAGUCUGCGGGACCAGAGUAAUCGCAAACUUGAUCUACGUUUAAACUACGUACGCUAUCCUGAGUCUGGUGGUGCCUUCAAAGUGCAGAUAUAUUGCCCAUAUCUUGUCGUUAAUAAGACUGGGUUGCCUUUUGGUGUGAAGGCUGCACGCUCUCAUCGAGCGACAUCCCCUGUAGAGAUUGCCGCUGAUACUAGACUUGAUGUCAUUUCCAAGCCAGUUCCAUUCUUAUUAUCACACCCCCAUGACAACGGUCAAGCAUUUGUGUUCAAAGUCGGUGAAUCUGGUUGGUCGAAGGUCUUCAGUCUAGAGGCCCCUUCUGCGGAAACUGAGAUGGUUAUGCCGUCCUCCAGGCAAAAAUCGGAGGAGUUCCACAUUGGAUUGUCUUGGACUGAGGGGUUGGGGAAAUACAAACUCACCAAGGUCAUAACUCUCGCCCCAAGGUUCCUCAUCAAGAACAACCUACCUGAUCCCAUAUGCUUCCGCGAGCAUGGCGCACCGCCUAGAGGACGCGCAAUACUCGACCCGGGUGAAUGUUGUCCAAUGCAGAUCAUGCGUGUCAGCCGCGAGAAAAUGCUCACCAUUGCGUACCCUGGACUCAAUUCUCAGUGGUCUGCACCCAUAAACAUUGAAGACAUAGGUUCUGUUCACCUUCGCGUCCGACCCCCAGACGGCGAUAUGCAUGUAGUGAAGGCUGACGCCGUGAUUGAUGGAUCCACGAUAUUCGUAAUACUGUCUGCUACGGAAAAAUGGCCCUUCGUUAUAGAGAACGACAGCGAUUUCUCUGUCUCCAUGAUACAAUGGGAUCCCAAACGUGGAGAUGCUGACGCGGUGAAAUCGUCGACCCCACGAUACAAGUUAGCGCCUCGCUCAAGCAUGCCAUAUGCCUGGGACCAGCCUGCUGCUAGAGAAAAGAAGAUCGCGCUUACGAUAAAUGAUGCUUCCCGCGUUGUGGACAUCAUGGAAAUUGGUGUUCUCGUGCCAUUCAAAUUCUAUGAUCGCAAAAGGACCCGUGCUGUUUCGUUGGAUGUGAGAGCAGAUGGACACCAACAGAUAUUGCACAUCACACCAUAUGUUGCUGAGCAUAGCCUCUACAAGCCGAAACUUCACAGUUCGAGCUCCCUGUCACGGUCUGACACCAUGACCAGCAGCUCAGAAGGUUUUGAAGCGAUCAUGGAAGACGUCUCUCCGACAUUAUCAUUCAAUGUGGAGUUUGCGGGAAUAGCAAUAUCGUUGGUUAAUCGCAAGAUGGUCGAAGUUGUUUAUACAUCCAUCGAGACUUUGAAGUUCGAGUACAGCAACAGCCCUGUUGCGCAGUCUUUGAACCUGUCCUGUGGCUCACUACAGAUAGACAACCAGCUGCACGAUGCGCUGUACCCAGUCAUUCUCCAGCCUAGCCCAAUAUCCAAGGAGGUCAGUGGUGUUGCAGCUCUCCCCACAAUACAGGGUUCAGUGAUUUGGCUCAAAGACCAAGAACACGGUGUUUUAUUCGUCAAGUAUUGCUCUGUCCUCCUUCAGGCGUUGACCAUUGAAGCAGACGAAGAUCUGCUUUUCGCCCUAUAUGAUCUUACACAAAUUCAAGGCGUCUCGUGGCAAGAGAACACUGAGGAUGUUUUGAUACAGCAUCCAGAAGAAAUACCAGAACCUCAUAUUUGUGCCGCUGGACAAGUUGUCUACUUUGAAGUUUUGGAACUUCAGCCAAUACAACUGUCUCUCUCGUUCAUGCGCACAGAAAGAGUUAGCAGCGAGGAAAAGCUCAGCAUUCGCAACCCUCUAGCUGUUGUCGUCAACGCAUUGACAAUGACCUUGGGUAACAUUAAUGACGCGCCGCUGGAGCUGAAUGCACUGGCCAUCAAAGACAUGCGACUGACGAUACCUGAACUGCAAGCUAGAAUCACUUACCAUUACCGUCAGGAUGUUCUUCGUCAACUUUAUCGCAUUCUCGGAUCAGCCGAUUUUAUUGGAAAUCCUGUUGGGCUCUUCACGAACGUCAGCUCUGGCGUGUCAGAUAUUUUCUAUGCCCCAUACAACGGGGUUGUUAUGCAUGGCAACAGGGAGCUAGGGAUUGGAAUUGCCAAGGGCGCCGCUAGCUUUGUGAAAAAAACGGUGUUUGGCUUAUCAGACAGUAUGACCAAGUUCACCAGCAGUGUUGGCAAAGGGUUAUCUGCAGCAACCUUUGAUUCUGAGUAUCAGGCUCAACGUAGAAUGAGUCAGCGGCGCAACCGCCCACGCCAUGCUAUCUACGGAGUUGCGGCGGGUGGCGAAGCCUUUGCUAGUAGCGUUGUUAGCGCAAUGGAAGGGAUCGUUACAAAACCUUUACAAGGCGCUGAAACAGAAGGUGCACUCGGCUUCUUCAAGGGCGUCGGAAAAGGUCUUGUAGGCGCUGUUACCAAACCAGCCGUUGGGGUCUUUGACCUCGCAUCCAACUUAUCCGAAGGGAUCCGAAAUACAACAACUGUGUUUGACAAACCAGAGCGAGAUCGAGUUCGUCUGCCAAGACAUGUCCCAUCGGAUGGCAUUUUGGUGCCAUUCUCUGCUCGUGAAGCCUUGGGUCAGUAUUGGAUGAAGGAUCUUGACAAUGGCGCAUAUCGCAAAGAGGCCUACGUUGCACACAUCGGUAUGUUGGUAUUUUGUUUAUUGAGCAUAGCUGAUUGGGUGAUAGAUUCUCCCGGUAGCGACAACGUCAUAUUACUGACUGCGACACGAGUUCUUUCCUUUUGGUCGAAAAAGCUCCGCCUUGAUUGGGAUCUCCCCCUGGCCAUGGUGCAGGGUAUUGCAGUGGAGGACACUGGCAUUCGCUUCACUCACAAAUCAGGAAAGGACCAUGACAAAUUCGUAUUCAUACCGGAUAAAACAUCUCAAGCUUGGUUCUUUGGCCAAAUCGCUUCUGUAGUCAAAGCCUUCAACAAUCGUCGUAGAAUGGACUCAUGAUUAGAUCACAAAGAUUUCUGGAUUCAAUGUAAGGACUGUAUUCUUUAGCAUCUGUACUAUGCACAAGUAGAUCUUUAUAUAUGCAAUGAAGCUGAAACGCAUGAAA